UUGUUGAGACGCGGCGCCGCGGACACGUCUACCAGACAGUCAUGGCCCAGCGGAGGACGGUGCAUGCGUUUUUGGCGGCGUACUGUUGUUGCCUGAUGGCGGUGGCCCUGCUGUCGCCGCAGCCGGCUGUCGGCAUGGCCGUCGCGGCAGACACCGCGGCCGCGGCCGCCGCUGGCGCAGCCGUUCCGCCGCCGUCGUCCGCCGCCCGGAACAAGCGAUGGUCCACGACGUUCGGAGCCAACUCGAGCAACAAGAACGUGACAGUUAAUAAUGCAGUUCAGGAUUGUACUACCGACUCUGAUUGUUUAAAUACGCCAUUUACAUCUUGUGCGCUUGAUCCAAGUGACAAGAAAAGAAAAUGUUUGUGUGCAGAUGGAAAAUUGCCACUCAAUGGUGAUUGCUUAAAAAAGCCAAGAGGACCGCUUUUUGUUCCAGCAUUAAAAACAUCAUGUGAAACAGACGUAGAGUGUUUGCCGAAUGCCAUAUGUAAAAAUAACGCCACAUUGACGAAUCCAAGAUUGAAAAUAUGUGCGUGUAAGGAUGGAUUUAUUGAAGAAAAGGAGUCUUGCAACUAUGCUGAUUUAUUGACAUUCAAUUACACAACCUUGUUAAUUGCAGUUUUUACUUCAUGGAUUUGGAAUGAACGUCGUGCAUAAUUAUUGUAGACUUUUUAAAACGAAAAUGUUUCUUCUAUACUUACACUCUAUUUAUUAUCUAUUAACUACCUAUAAUAUUUUAUGUUAUAUUUCACUUGAUUGAUGCACAAAUUAAAAAUAAUA